CUCUGCUCUCUCCUCCUGUAGGUAGGUCAUCUCUCUGUGGUCUCUCUUAUUAAUGGACAGAAGUUCCUCGCCUGUCUCCAGAAGAUCUUCCAGUAGGAACCUUCGAUCUGAUAACAAAGGAGGCGAUCUUUCCCACCGGCGCCCCCAGCCUUCCCCGCCCCCCACCAUGGAGUGUGAAGAAGGUAAGGAGUCGGAGAGUCAGAACUCUCAGGAGUUGUCGGAGAGCCCGAAGCCGGCGGAGGAACCGACCAAUGAGAAGGACAAUAAAACAAACAUCAAGGUGAAAACUGAGGUGAAGAGCGACCCGGCCCCCGAGGAGGAGGAGGAGGAGAAGUCGGAGGACCCUCUGGUCAAUGACGGGAAGGACGAUGUGGUCUUCGUAGGCGAGGAAAUCGUCAAGAAGCCGGAAGUGGAUCGUCCGAAGAGCCGCCGAUCCCAACACAUCGAGGAGAACGGAGAUCGGAUCGGCUCGGAGUCUGGGGACCGGAACAACUCUCUGCCGGAAGAUAAAGCCGGGGGAGAAGCUCCGGAGAAGCAGGCGGACUCACCGCAACCGAGCCAGACUGCCCCUAGGAGAAUGAGGCUCCGCCCCAUGCUUAAACCCCGCCCCGCCCCCAACGCUGACCGCAGCAUGAGCACAGAUUCCGAAUCCGGCGCCAACGCGGGGGAGUCCUCCAAGGAAGCGGACGGGGAGGCCGGAGCCAAAGCGUCCCCCGAUGACAACCAGGAAGAUAAAAGCUCGGAUGGGGACAAGGCUUCCUCGGAACCGAAGCGAAGUGAUAGACCCCGCAGAUCGGAGAGUCUUCGAGCUGAAGAAAGUAUCCGGGCCCCCCAGGAGAGCAUGCAGAUCUCCGACGAAGACUCCGACGCCAUGAUAGACGACCCCAACGACGAGGACUUCAUCCCCAACCGCUCGGCUCAUAAGCGUCCAACCCGCAUGUCUCUGCGCAACCAAGUAGUGCCGUCUGUGCGCAACCAAGUAGUGCCGCCGCCGCCGCCACCCAAGCCUCCGAAGCCGACCCUCACCAAGAUGUCUUGUGCUCAGUGCCGCACGCCGCUGCAGAAAGGUCAGACCGCCUAUCAGCGCAAAGGCCUGCCGCAGCUCUUCUGCUCCUCCGUGUGUCUUACCACCUUCUCCAAGAAACCGCUCUGCAAGAAGAUAUGUACCUUCUGUAAGAAGGACAUUAAGAACUCCAAAGAGUCUGUGGUCGCCCAGACUGGUCCCGCUGGGUCCUUCCAGGAAUUCUGCUCCAAUGCCUGCCUUUCCCUCUUCGAGGCCCAACCACGACCGAGUUCCCAACCUUCCCAGACUUCCCAACCUUCCCAGACCUCAAAGAGCACCCAAAGCACCCAGAGCUCCCAAAGUUCCCAGAGCCCCUCCGAUGUUCCCGAUAUCAUCAAAUGUAGCAUCUGUCACAAGAGCGGAGAGAUCCAGCAUGAGGUCAGCAAUGGCAGCGUGGUUCACCGGCUGUGCAGCGACACGUGCUUCACCAAAUUCCGCGCCACGAAAGGCCUAAAAACCAACUGCUGUGACAACUGUGGUAUCUACAUCUACAACAAAGGCCUUCCCCUGGAGUACCUCUUCCACGAGGGCCAGCAGAAGCGCUUCUGUAAUGCCGCCUGUCUGACCAACUACAAAAAGAAAAACACGAAGGUCUUCCCGUGUAUGUACUGCAAGACGCUCUGUAAGAACUUCGAAAUGCUCUCCAACGUGGAGAAGAACGGGCGCACCGGACUCUUCUGUUCCAUCUGCUGCAUCACUUCCCACAAGGUCAAACAGUCCGGACUGACAGGUCCCGCACGCCCCUGCAGCCUAUGUCGGCGCUCUUUGUCUGAACCGGCUUAUUAUAACAAGACGGAACGCGUCGUCUACCAGUUCUGCAGUCCCAGCUGCUGGACGAAGUUCCAGCGCACCAGUCCGGAGGGCGGAAUCCAUCUCAACUGUCACUAUUGCCACAAUAUGUUCACCGGGAAGCCGGAGAUCUUAGAUUGGCAGGAUCACGUCUACCAGUUCUGUUGUAAGGAUUGCUGUGAUGAUUACAAGCGCCUCCAUGGGGUCGUCUCUCAGUGUGAAUACUGCAAACAGGAGAAACUUCUUCAUGAAAAGAUCCGAUUUUCUGGUGUCGAGAAGAACUUCUGCAGUGAAGGUUGUGUGCUGCUAUACAAACAAGACUUUACCAAGAACCUCGGCCUGUGCUGUAUAACGUGUACAUAUUGUUCUCAGACCUGCCAGCGGGCCGUCACCGAGGAGCUGGACGGCAGCACAUGGGACUUCUGUAGUGAAGAAUGCAAGAGCAAGUACCUGCUGUGGUACUUCAAGGCAGCAAGGUGUCACGCCUGCAAGCGGCAGGGGAAGUUGGUGGAGACCAUUCACUGGAGAGGGGAGAUCAAACAUUUAUGCAAUCAGCAAUGUCUGUUACGUUUCUACAGUCAGCAAAAUCAGCCCAAUCUGGACACACAGAAGGGGCCCGAAAGUUUGCUUCAUAGUAAGAAAGGUCAAAGUGUAGGAACCAAAACAACACCAAAUUCACAGCCGAAAACAACUGAGAAAAGUCCGGCUUCACCAAAACCACAAUCACCGCAGGCGGCCUCCGCUCCUACUCCGCCAACCAGCCCCACCGUCCCGCGCAAAAACAAGGCGGUGAUGUGCAAACCCCUGAUGCAAAAUCGCGGGGUGUCCUGUCGAGUGGAAACCAGAAGUAAAGAUUGUCAGACAGAGGAGGAUUGGAAGCCGCAGGUCAUCAUUCUGCCCAUUCCGGUGCCCAUCUUUGUGCCAAUACCCAUGAACUUAUACUCUCAAAAAGUGCCUGUUCCCUUCUCUAUGCCCUUUCCGGUGCCUGUACCUCUGCUGCUUCCCACCACUCUGGAGAGCACAGACAGAAUCGUGGAAGCCAUCGAAGAGCUGAAAGCUAAAAUCCCAUCCAACCCUCUGGAAGCCGACAUCCUGGCCAUGGCUGAAAUGAUCGCCGAAGCCGAGGAACUCGACAAAUCCUCCGACCUGUGCGAGAUGUCCAGUGACCAGAGCGCAGAGAACCUUCUAGAAGAAUGCGAUAUAUUCGGCCCCUCCCGGGAUGAUGUUCUCGCUAUGGCUGUUAAAAUGGCCAACGUUCUGGAGGAACCCGGACACGACCUGGAGGCCGACUUCCCCAAAAGUAAUUCCCUUUCUCUGAGAUAAAUCGCACAACCCGUAUAUUGUCUAUUUCAAUUACUACAAGUGAAGAAAUAUAAACUUC